AAAAGUCCCAUAACCAAUAACCUUUGCAUGAAGCUAAUGUUAAAGUUAAUCUAUUAAUAUUUUCAGUGGUUUAAGAAUGCAUUCACAGGAAAUCUAUUUGUUUUUGAAGAAUUAGAAAAUAGCGUCUCAUUAAUUGCAUCCAUGUUGAUGAACCACAUACUAAACUUCAAAACAGAAGCGCACUGUUUUGGAGUGCAAUCUUUUUAUAUUUUGCUGGUUAUGUAUUUGUCUUGUUAAAAAUGUCAACAAAUGACAAAAGAACACUCUUUGGCUGUCUGGAAUAUACAUGCACAGUCUAAAAUGGCUCUUUACAGCAGAGGCGACUUCAGGGUGCCUCAAACAUUUGAAUUCAGCAUCUUUUAAGUUGACAGGUCAAUUUCAGUACAUCCUCUAUUUUCAAAACCUUGGAGAGAGCUCCAAGUGAAUUACAUAGAAAUGAUUAAAUAUUCUAAGCUCAUUUUAUUUCAUUUAAAAUAUAAUGUUUCUCAACUCAAAGGUUGAGAAAUUGCUUAUUUUCUGCAUUACACAGAACCUUGACAAAAGUGAAACAAGCCUAAGAAAAAUAAUGUAAAGAAUCCUCUUUGUACAUGCUGGUAUAAAUAAAUGUAACAAUAAGGUACACGAUGUGAGUUUUUUGUAUUUUUUUUUCUUCAUAAACAUCUCUUUGAUUUUUAUUAAUAAAAGCUGAAUUAAGCUUCUAUUUCCAUUGUUUUAUUGUUAACUAGUUUGAAGAAUAUAAACACACAACUCAGUUAAUAUGUACUUAUUGUCAAGGAAGCAUCUUGUAUUUCUUAGGAUGCCUGAGCUGCCUGCUUUCCCCCGCAUGUCCUUCCUGUUGCUUUGCAUUCUGGGUAUGACCUUGGUGACAUCUGGCUUCCCUCAGCCUCGACUACCGCUCAGAAGUCCUGAUGAUUCAGAUGAACCUAAACAAGAUGUCUGGGACGUCCUCUUCCCCUCAAUCUCUCUUCGUGAUUGGAGCAUUCAAAUGAUGUCAGCGCCCAGCCUUGCAGCAGCAACCGACAGCAAGGCAGGACUGAUGAGGGAGGCGUGGCUGUUUGCCCCAGAGAGGGCUGAGGCGAGUGUGGAGAGGGCGUGGCCAGCUGAAUGGUCACCUCAGGGUGCUGACAUGGUGAAGAGGAACAUGGUAGUGGCUGAUGACGCUGCCUUCAGAGAGAAGAGUAAACUCCUCACCUCCAUGGAGAGACAGAAGUGGCUCAACUCCUACAUGCAGAAACUACUGGUGGUUAAUUCUUCAUGAUGAUUUCAUUUUUACAGCUAUUUUAUCAUGUAAUCAAACCAUUCUCUGCACCCUGCACUAGCAAAAAGCAUUUUAAAGGGAUAUCCUACUCUGGAGAACAAGAUAGUGUAGUUAUCAAAAGUCAGUAACACCUGCUGUAUUUUUAAUAUCUAGCCUCUCAAAUUUCCCCAAAGGAUGGUUAAAUUUAUCAAAAAUUUGGUAUUGAACAUUGAAAUGUGUUUGUUGGUCCUGCUGAAAUUAAUUUGGUGAUGGAAAUUAUGUUUUUGACAACUGUAGCAUGUGUUUGACUCUAUAUAGUAGUAUUGGUUUAUGACAGCUGAAUUUAAUAUUAUUAGUCUAAUAACCAAAAUAAUUUUAAUCAUCUGUCUAUAUAUUUAACGUAGUUUAACGUUAGCCAAAAGCAGGAUGCAAGUCUUUGUGUUGGUUAGAUAAAUAGCUGUAAAGGUCCAUUUCCACAUUUUACAGAUACAUUUAGAUAUAUCUAGCUUUCAAGUAAUUUACAUUACAUUAGCAGUUUCAAAUGUUGUACAAUAUGCUUGUUUCUCUUUCUUUCCAAGAGUGAGAUGAGAAGGUACCAAUCUCACACCUGUGUGUUAAGUACUAAGCUGGAGUCAGGAUGUGGUUAGCCUAGCUUAGCAUCAUAACUUAAAGCAGGGGGGAAAGCUAACCUUGUCUCUGUUUAAAGUUCAGAAAUCUGCCUACCCACACCCUUGAAGUUCACUUAUUAUGUUAAUUCUUGUUGGUUUAAACUGUACCAAAAGCUGUACUCUCCAGUUGUAUCUGGAAACCAGCACUAUAACUAGCUAUAUUAAACCUGUGCAGGUGGACACACAUAAUUAUAUUUAUGUUUUUAAUUUAUUAUUUACCGUUACUGUGUGUAUGGAUUAAAUUGUUUUUUGUAGACAGGUUUCCCCCUGCUAACAGUCUUGUCCCCAGCAACCUACCCAACGCAACAAGUGUAUUUCCCUAAAUGUUGUAUGUAUUCUUUUUUCUUUCCUCUAUAAAAUGUGUUGUUUAACACUCAUACACAUUCUGAGGACACAGGACUAUUUACUCCACAAUGUCUCAAUAUCUACAGUGACUUUGACUGCUGACCUUGUUCAUUUUAGCUGGAACGUCUGUGAUGUAGGAAUUUAAUUCCAUUCUGUUACA